AUGUAUUGUAAUUUUAUUUUUAUGAUAUUUUUUUUAUGUGUAUUCCAUUUAAUUUAUUUAACAAGUGUGGUAAGUUUGAACAAAAAUUUCUUUAUUAAUAAUGUUGGAAAAUUGGAUACAUGUCUGACUCCCAACAUGGGAAUUUUAAAUAAAAGAAAAUUAUCCUUAUGUGAUAAAAAGGAACAAAUGAUUAAAAGGUUUAUUUUAAAAGAUAAUAAUCUUAAAAAUAGCAUUAUAAAAAAAAAAAAAGAAAGUGAUGUAAUCGAAAUGAAUGGAAUAGUUGAAGAAUGCUUAGCAAAUACAAAUUUUAUAGUUAGUAUUAAAAAUGGGGAAAAAUUUUUAUGUUUUAUUUCUGGGAAAUUAAGAAUUAAUAAAGUUAAAAUUAAUUUAGGAGAUACUGUUAAAAUUCAAAUUCAUAAAUUAAAUUUCGAACAGCGACGAGGAAAAAUUGUUUAUAGAUAUUUACAGCAAACUCCAAUUAAGCGUAAAAAGUAG